GGAAGAAGCUCCUUUUUCAUCCAUCUCUCACUUCUCAGAUUCCCAUCACUAUUUUCAACAGAAACUCAAAACUUUAUAAUAAAGAUUCAAUCUUUCGUUUAAUUGGUGAUCAUCGCCUCUCAUACUUGUCUCCAGAUCACAUCUCUCUGAGAAGAACAAAGAUCUGAUCGGCUUCCGAGAAUUACAUAUUGUUUGAAACAUCCAAAAGAGUUGAAAGAUGGGUCUAUCAAGCCUUCCUGGUCCAUCAGAAGGAAUGCUAUGCGUGAUAUUAGUUAACACAGCAUUGUCAAUCUCCAUCUUCAAAGGCAUUCUCAGGUCAGUGCUUCAGCUAAUAGGAAUCCGCCUCUCUCCUUCUUCAGCAGCAGCAGCAGCUGCAUCUUCAGAGAAUCAAACUUCAGAUUCUUUUGAUUUCCGGGUCUGCCAGCCUGAGAGUUUCCUUGAGGAAUUCAGGAACAGGACCCCCACAGUGAAGUUUGAGAGCUUGUGCAAGUGCAAGAAACAGGCGGACAACGAGUGUUCUGUAUGCCUGUCGAAAUUCGAAGGGGAUUCAGAGAUCAACAAGCUAAAAUGUGGCCAUUUGUUUCACAAAACAUGCUUGGAGAAAUGGAUAGACUACUGGAACAUCACUUGCCCACUCUGUAGGACUCCUCUUGUUGUUGUCGCAGCAGACGACCAGCUGGUUUCCUAUAAUGUUUGGUGACUACUUUUCUUUGUAUAGAGUUUUCCUUGGGGUUGGGUGUGUUUGUUGUUGUGUACAGCUACUACUACUUUUUACUAUGAAAUUAGGCUGCGUCACGGUUGAUUCUUUAUCAGAUUCAGACCGGAGAUGGGGGUAUUCUGAUGUACAUAUUCUGUGAGCUGUUUAUGUAUGUAGACCCAUGUGUAAUGGAAGCUCUUGUUUGAACA